GUAGUAUUUAUUAUAUAGAUCUCUGUAUGUUUAUGCAUAAGAAUUAAGAAGAGAUAUUCACUCCCUCCGAGAUAACCGUCACUCCGUCUCCUUCGCUCUCCUCUUCUCUUUCCAAUUUCUUUCCUUGUUUUCCCCACUCUUUCUCACACCCUAAACCUCCGAUUCUGUCCCUUCAAACCAUUUCUCCCAUGGAUUUAUCUCAUCAUGAUCAGGGAGGAGAUACCACCCAAAACCCAGAUGAUCAUGUUCUUGAUCAUUAUAUCCAAACGCAAACAGAAGAAGACGAAAAGACCGGAAAUGGAAAGCUGAAUCCUCCCAGAAAAUCAGAUUCUGAAUGGGAAUUUGUUUCGGAGAAUAAUGAAAUGAUUCGCCCUCAUUCAAAGCUUCCCAAGCCUCAGGCGCCGCCGGGGCUGAUGGAACGGUCCCGCUCCUUGCCGGAGAAUGUUGAGACUCCGGCGUCGGCCAUCGGGAAAUUCAUUCGCGAGAAGAGCAACAGCUUCUCCGCUGCGAUAACGAAGCGCAUAUCGUCUCUCAGAAACGACGACGACGAAGGCGGCGAUGGACACACCGUGAAGGAGUUCAAUCUGGUGGGUCUGAAAGUGGUGAAAGCCUUGAAGGAGGAGAGGAAGGAGCUGAAGGGGAGAAUAAGCUUCUUCUCGCGAUCCAACUGCAGGGACUGCGGCGCCGUGCGGUCGUUCCUGCGGGAGAGAAAUCUCAAUUUCGUGGAGAUCAACGUCGACGUGUACCCCGGGAGAGAGAAGGAGUUGAUAGAGAGGACCGGCGCCGCCUCCGUGCCGCAGAUAUUCUUCAACGAGAAGCUGAUCGGCGGGCUGGUGGUGCUGAACUCUCUGCGAAACAGCGGGAUGCUGGAAACAAAAAUGGAGGAGAUUCUGGGGAGGAAGUGUCCAGAAGACGCCCCGGCGGCCCCAGUUUACGGUUUCGAUGAGGCGGAGGAGGCGCCGGCGGAGGCGGAUGAGAUGGCUUCGAUAGUAAGGGUGGUGAGACAGAGAGUACCGAUACAGGAUCGGAUCAUGAAGAUGAAAUUCGUGAAGAACUGCUUCUCCGGCGGUGAGCUUGUGGAGGCUCUCAUACACCACUUAGACUGCGGACGUAGAAAGGCCGUGGAGAUUGGGAAGCAGCUGGCAAGAAAGCAUUUUAUUCAUCAUGUUUUUGGGGAAAAUGAAUUCGAGGAUGGCAACCACUUCUAUCGGUUCCUUGAACACGAGGCCUUCAUUCCAAAAUGCCACAAUUUUAGAGGUGUGGUGAAUGAUUGUGAACCUAAGGCUGCUGCUGCAGUGAGCCAGAGGCUUGCCUGCAUAAUGUCUGCAAUACUCGAGACCUAUGCCUCUGAUGACCGAAGGCAUCUUGAUUACGUUGGAAUCAGCAACAGCGAAGAGUUCAGAAGAUACGUAAUUUUGGUGGAGGAUCUGCAGAGGAUAAACCCCCUGUCUCUUUCCCAUGAUGAAAAACUGGCAUUCUUUUUGAAUCUGCACAAUGCAAUGGCCAUUCAUGCUGUUAUUAGAGUUGGUGAUCCUGGAGGAAUGAUUGACAGGAGGUUCUUCUUUGCUGAAUUCAUGUACGUAGUCGGGGGCCACCCCUACUCUUUAAGCUCUAUUGAAAACGGCAUUCUCAGAAGCAACCAAAGAGCACCAUACUCACUUGUAAAGCCAUUCAGCAGUGGCGACAAGCGCAUGGAGUUGGCUUUUGGGAAAGUUAAUCAACUAAUCCAUUUCGGGGUGUGGAAUGCAUCAAGAGGAAGCCCGUCGAUCAGAUUUUUCACUCCCCAAGGGAUUGAAUCUCAACUGAGAAAUGCUGCAAGGGAGUAUUUCCAAAGGGAUGAUGGAAUGCAGGUAGACCUUGCUAAGAGGACUGUCUACCUCCCCCGGAUGAUCAAGUGGUACAAGUCAGAUUUUGGGCAAGAUAAAGAAAUCCUGAAAUGGAUCAUCAACUACUUGGAUGCAAGCAAGGCAGGGCUGUUGACACACCUCUUGGGUGAUGGGGGGUCUUCUAUCAAUAUAGUUUACCAAAAUUAUGACUGGUCUUUGAAUUCUUGAUCAUCCCAUCCCUCAUGCUGUGGGAACCAUUUCAGAAUCACUCACUUGGUGGUACCACCUUAUGGCUGUAUGAUGGAUAUGGGAGUUGUGUACAUAAUUCAGAUUUUCUGGAUUGGACAUUUAUACUGGAUAGUUAUAGUUUCUUUGAGAAGAAUCAAAGAACAUACAUCUAUUUACCACUAGUUGUAGAUGUUUGUUAUAGCUUAAGUGAGCCUACUUGGAUCAAGAUUUUGGCUAUAAAAACUUAUUGUGUUUAUUGAUGAAAACAUUUAUUUUUUUC